AUGUUUACUCUUCCACCAGCGCCGGCCCCGCCGCCGCGUCUGGCCCCGGACAGGAGGAGCCCUGUGGCGGCCCCGCCACCGAGGACGUGCACCCGGCCGCGUCCUGCUGGCCGGCCCGGUGGGGCAGCCCGAGACGGCGCCUCUCACGGGGCUGGGACAGGGGCAUCGCCGGGGCAGUUGGUGCCCGGAGCCUACCCAGGCCCGCACCGCCGCCGUGACCCCCGGGGCAGCGGCACGGGGCCGCCGGUCCGCUCGGCCCCGCCGUGCCCGGCCGAGGGGCGGGGGAGCCGCCAGGCCCCGCGGGCCCGGCCGGGCGGGCGGCGCCGCCAGCGCCACCUCAGCACUGGCGGCACCGGGGGCGGGGCGGCGGGGCGGGGCGGCGCCCUUAAAGGGCCCGGCGGGCCCCGCUGUCACCGCGCCCCCCGCGGGGCCGAGCGGGAGGGGGCGGCGGGGGCGCGCCCAGGGCACCGGGACCGUGCGGGAACGGGGUCGGGGCGCGGCCGGUGCCACGGGGCAGCUGCAGCCCCAGCCCCAGUGCCGGCAGCCCCAGCCCGCCGCGGCCCUGAGGGUUGCAGGCCGGGGGCGGCCGCAUCAGGCGAGCGGGGGGCAGGAGCUCCCGCGGGGCCCAGUGACAGCCCCGAACGCGGCUCCACGGCCGCCGGAACGGUGCCGGUGGCGGGCAGCGCGGCGGGCACGGCCGGCUCCGGGCCCGGCGCUGGCACCUCCCCCCGCCGACGGUGGCCAGGGCGCUCGUCCUUCUAUAGCCACGGCAGGAGAGGAGCGCUCGGCCCGCGGCAGGCUGGGCUGCCCGCCGCCGGCGCUCCGCGGGCUGACCAACACCGGACGAGCGCUCGCCUACGGCCGCUUUGGCUCCUAUCGGAAUCAAACCCCAAGACGGCCGGGAACGGCAUGGAGCCGCCUCCGUCUGCGCCACUAACCCUCUCCCACCAACGACGGGGUCCACACCGUGCCUCGGCCCGGCCCGGCCGCCCCCUCCCCAGGCAGCCGCGGGGCCCGGCCUCCCCAUCGGCGCGGCCCCACUGCCGGCCAUCCGCGGCAGCUGCUGCCGGCCGGCACAGCCAUGCCACCGGCGGCCGAGGCCGCGCCGCGGGGCCAGACUUUUCCCCACCUCCCGCCGCCGGAUGCCCUCCCUCGCCGGACUUUGCCCUGCCCGGCUCGGCCGGCGCGAAGUUAGCGCGCACUUUGCAGGCAGCGCCGACACGUCGGUGCCCCGGGGAGGAUGCAAGGCCGCCUCAGGCCGGGCCGGGCCUCCCCGCCAGCCUCCACGUCGGCGCCGCGGCCGCGGCGGAGGGGCCGCCCCCCGUCCCCCGUGACUCACUCCGGCCGGUGCCCGCUCGCCCGCCCUUCUGGAGAAACGGAGCGCUCCUGGGAGAACGGCGCGGCGCCCGCCCCGCCGCCUAUAUAGGCCGGGCCGCUGCCAAUCCCCGGGCCGCACGUCAGCGGGACAUGCCCCUUCCCGGCGGGGCCGGCCCGCCACGCGUGCCCUGCGCCGCCGGGGACGCCCCGCUGCGGCCGAGCGGCCCCGGAGCCUGCGGCUCUGCUGGCGGCCCCGCUCCCGCACGGCCAGGGAAGCGGAUCGCGGCUGGCUACCGCCCGCUCUGCGCCCCGGAACCGCGCCGAUAUCCGCGGUACAAGCCCUGUGCACCUUCCGUGCGGAUUCACCGCGGAACGCGCCUCCCGACCGCAGCCCAGCGGCAGCACCGAGCCGCCCGCAGGCCCUUACCCAGCCCCGGAGCUCAGGAUUACCCACUCCGGGCAAGCCCGGUAUCACGCAGGGUUAGUGAGCAGUGGCUCAUGAGGGCUCCGAUCAGCCUGAAAACCGCGGCUUAG